CACAUAAAAGAUUUAUUUUAUGCAAGAAGCUCUCUUUUGUAGGCCACCAAUUAACAAGUUCUUGAAUCUUUAUCUUCGUUUUCACACCUCCAAAUAGAUAUAUAUAUAUAUGCCUUUUCCUAUAUGUAGACAAUACAAAGUUCGAUCUGUUUCUAUAUAUUUAUCUUCAUCCCCAUCAGAUAUCUAUAUACAUUCGCCUAUCCCUCUCCCUCAACAAGCCUCGCUAGUUGUAGCCCCUUUGAACCUUUUAUCUUCACUUAUACACGUCUGUUGGAUGACCCUUUGUCCCCAUGGCCAUACACACAAAGGAAUUUAAUUGAUUAGUUUCAGGAUCUACAUUUAUCUUGAAAUCUGUCAGGAGAUCAGAUAUAAAUAGUCACAAUCUCUCUUUAACUUAUUCUUUCCAUAGGUGCCGCAUAUGGCAAAAAAAUUGGCUGGAACUUCGAGCAAUGUUCAUUUCCAUGACAUACCAGAUGUGAUUCUCUCCAACAUAUUCUCUUUGGUUACUGAUACUCGCACACGCAAUGCCGUGUCCCUUGUGUGUCUCAAAUGGCACUUGCUUGAGCGCUCCACUCGCAAAUCCCUCACCCUCCGUGGCAAUAUCCGUGAUCUCUUCCUCCUCCCGACUUGCUUUCGAGCCGUUACCAACCUUGAUCUCUCUUUCCUCUCCCCUUGGGGACACCCUCUUCUCGAUUCCUCUCCCAACCCUGUUCUUCUUGCUCAACUCCUUCGAAAUGCAUUUCCAUCAGUUGUUUCUCUUACUGUUUAUGUCCGGAACCCUUCAACGCUCCAUCUUCUAGCUGCCCUUUGGCCUAACUUACGAGAUGUUAAGCUCAUACGUUGGCAUCAGCGUUUGCCUACACCUAUUGGCUCAGAUUUUAUUGCACUUUUUGAGCAUUGCCACACGCUUUCUUCACUUGAUGUUUCACAUUUUUAUUGCUGGACUGAGGAUCUUCCACCAGCAUUUGAAGCAUACCCAUAUAUUGGAGCUUGUCUUUCCCGUCUCAAUAUUCUCAAAAAUUCUUCGGCUGAUGGAUUCAAGUCCCAUGAGCUUUUAGCCAUUACUGCUUUCUGUCCAAACCUCCGUGAAUUUCUUGCAACAUGUACAUUUGACCAUAGAUUCAUUGGAUUUGUUGGCGAUCAAACCUUGCUUGCCCUUGCUUCAAAUUGUCCUUCCCUUUCUCUCCUUCACCUCGUUGAUGCCACUUCCUUGUCCAAAGUUAGGGCGGACCCAAAUGAUGAGGGUUACACAUCUGAAGAUGCUAGUAUUAGCCAUGCUACACUUGCAGAUGUAUUUGCUGGAUUGCCACUGCUUGAGGAGUUGGUUCUCGAUGUUUGCCACAAUGUUAGGGAUGCCUGGCCAGCGUUGGAGGUGCUUAACUCGAGGUGCCCCAGGCUUAAAUCCUUGAAGUUGGGACAAUUCCACGGAAUCUGCAGGAGUAUAGAUUAUCGACCAGAUGGGGUCGCCCUAUGCCAAGGGUUGGAAUCUUUGUCCAUCAAGAACUCUGCUGACUUAACUGAUACCGCUUUGGUAGCCAUCUCCCUUGGCUGCCCGAGACUGUCCAAGUUUGAAGUUCUAGGAUGCAACAGAAUCACAGUAAUAGGGAUGUGGAAAUUGGCUUAUGCUCUUCAGAAAACCUUGGUUGAUGUGAAAAUUUUUUACUGCAAAAAUUUCGAUGCAGUUUCGUCGUUGCAGGCACUGGAACCAAUUCGAGAUCGGAUAGAACGGCUCCACAUAGAUUUCGUGUGGAAAAAUGUUGAACAAUCAGAAGGCCAGACAGGCAGUUCAAACCAACCAGGUGGAUUCGAGAACUUCGAGGCAGGGAAACGAGGCAUCAUCAGGGAAGAAAGAAGCGUGAGAAAGAAAUGCAAGUCCUAUGCUCUUGGCAAUGACAAUUUAUUCUUGUCUAGGACUUGGAACAAGCUACACUAUCUUUCCCUUUGGGUUGCUGCAGGUGAGUUGCUCACUCCAUUAUCUUUGGCAGGUUUAGAUGAUUGUCCUGCACUGGAAGAGAUAGAUAUAAAAAUUGAAGGUGAUUGCAGGGACCAACCAAGGCCUUCCAUGGAUGCAUUUGGGCUGAGUUCCUUGGCCUGCUAUUCAAGGCUUUCAAGGAUGAACCUGGACUGUAGUGGAGUGAUAGGUUAUGCUCUUACUGCUCCUUCGGGACGCGCAGAUUUGAGCUUGUGGGAGAGAUUUUUCCUUAGUGGAAUUGAGAAUUUGCAUCUUAAUGAGCUCAACUAUUGGCCUGCACAGGACAUGGAUGUCAAUCAGAGAAGCCUUUUUCUCCCAGCAGCAGGAUUGCUCGCACAGUGUGGAACUCUAAGGAAACUUUUCAUUCACGGAACAGCAAAUGAACAUUUCAUGAUGUUUCUCCUGAGAAUUCCAACUCUCAGGGAUGUACAACUUAGAGAAGAUUAUUACCCCGCGCCAGAGAACGAUACAAGCACGGAGAUGAGAGUAGACUCGUGCUGUCGAUUUGAGGAUGCUCUGAAUAGCGGUCAGGUGCCUGAUUAAAAAAUUGGUGGAGUUGGAGUUGCUAAAUGCUAAUUUCUGCGUAACUUUCUCUCCUUUUAUCAUUGCUUCCCCCCUUAAACUGGUGGAGUAUAACUUAUCCAAUAAAACACAGUGGCAAGGCAUAUGACUACAAAGACUUGGAAUCUCACUAGAGUAUAUAUAUAGCUAGGAAAAAAUAUGUGGUGUUGGGAAUUUGGAGUAUUUGAAUUAGUCCAUCAAUGGAUGCAAAAUGUAAUUAAUUUAUAUAUAUAUAUGUUGUUGAUACAUA